AUGAUGAAGAUGGACCAGUCGAACGCAUAUUGGGACUAUAUGCGGCGUUCGUGCGGAGAAAAGGAUCCGGAGGCGUCCGCAGGUGUGCUGAAUGCGAAAUGUGGGGCAGCAGCAGCAGCAGGGCGACGGCGCAACGAAAGAGAAACCGCGGAUAAGUGGGCCGGCUGUGAAGAACGCGUCGGUGCGGCCGCCGACGGCUUCUCCUCGUCCUACGACCAUCGGCAACUUUCCUUCGUAUAGGACCCCUGGGAGAUUCUGGUCUUCUAGUCUUGAUUAGGGAAUCUUGGGCUGGACUGGCAGCAGAUCUAUGGAGAAGGAGCAUCAGCAACUUUUGACCCUUUCUUCUUGUAGGGCCUAUGGGUGA